AUGACCAAGUUUAGAGGGUGUAUCGAUAUCCAUUCAGGACAAGUGAAGCAAAUUGUUGGUGGGACAUUGGCGCAAGAUGACAAUGUUGCGGAUACCACUACUCGUGAAAACUUUGUACUGACAAAACCUUCAUCAUAUUAUGCGGAACUUUACAAAACAAACAAUGUACAAGGCUCGCAUGUCAUCAAGCUAGGGCUGAAUCCCGCCAACGAUGAAGCGGCAAAGCUUGCAUGCAAGACAUGGCCUGGUGGGCUUCAAGUUGGAGGUGGAAUCAACUUGGACAACGCUUUAGAAUGGUUGAAGUAUGGUGCAUCACAUGUCAUUCUUACGAGUUGGCUCUUUACAAAGGACGAAAAAUCGAGUUUGAUGCAGUUGGACUUUCAAAAAUUGCAGCUGCUCAAGGAAAAAGUUGGCAAAGACCGUCUCAUUGUGGAUUUGAGCUGUCGUACCGUGAUUGAAAAUGGAGAGACUGCUUGGUAUGUUGCCAUGAAUAAGUGGCAAACAUUGACUGCAGAGAAAUUGAGCAAAGAGUUUUUGGAGAAAGUUUGUGCUUAUUGCGAUGAGAUUCUUAUUCAUGCUGCUGAUGUUGAAGGAUUGUGCCAAGGUAUAGAUCAGCAAUUGGUGGAGAAUUUAGGAAAAUGGUGUCCCCAUGGCUUUCAAGGAAAGAUUGUUUAUGCUGGUGGUGCCAAAUCGAUAUCUGACUUGGAGCUUGUAGACAGGCUAAGCCAAGGUCUGGUUGAUUUGACUUUUGGAAGUGCGUUGGAUAUAUUUGGUGGAAGUCUAGUGAAAUUCCAAGACCUCGUUGAAUGGAAUAAUAGAGACUCUACAUAG